AUGUGGCUGAAAGAAUUCGCAACAGUCAACGAAAACGACCCGAGAAAAUGGUGGACGUACCUAGCAGAAGAUAUCCUAGCAUCCAACGUGACCAAGGACGUACAACCAAAAGAGCGCGAACUGAGAAUCAACCCACUAUACCAAGCCUGGAAACCAAAGAUGAGCGAUCUACCAGACGAGCUCAAAAACAUGAUGAAAGCAGUUAAAAAAUAUGCAGUGAUACCAGACGCCAUAGCAGUAUCCAGACAUGUAAUGAGACAAAUGCCCAUGUGGAACCACGUCCAUAUGGACACAAAGAAACAGAACCAACUGACCAAAACAUCGCAGGCGACUUUCUGCCUAAUCAAAACCCACAAAUCGAAAACAGUCGGAGAUUUCGAAGAGCUCGCAACUAAGCUACAACGAAGAGGCCACAUCCCCAGAGGAAAAUGCCCAUGCGCAGAAUGCAAAGAGAUGAAAGAAACGACGGGAUGCCUGAACCCACAUAAAUGUUUCGAAAGAGCGAAAGCGUACCUUGACACCCUCCCACCGAAAUGGGACCCCCGAGGCGAACACCAAGAGGACCACGAAACCGCCCAGCUUGAAGAGGCGAAGAGGACCUUUGAAGAGGUGGAGGACACCGUUAUCUUUGACCCAAGGGUAACGACUAGAGGAAAUAUAAGCUCGACACUGCGCAUCUUCACAGACUACUCAGAAGAGAACCCACCGUGGAAGAAAAAGUAUCUAAAUGUUUUCGAAUCGGAAGAAGAAACACUCACGCUAGCCACGGACGGAUCAUGCUUGAGAAACGGAGAAGAGGACGCCCAAGCGGGAGCGGGAGUAUACGGGGGAGAGAACAACGCCCUAAACCGAGUAAUCAGACUCCCUCCCAACAUCGAACAAACGAACCAAACGGGAGAAGGAAUAGCAACACUUACCGCAUCAGAGAUUGUGAAUAGUCGUACACCCCUA